CUUGAAUAAAAGCAUGGAGGCUGCUGUAUUUUUGUGCUCUGAUCGAAAUAUCACUUUUGCUAGCGCAUUGCCUUUCUUUGGAAGAACUUAGGCGAUAUAGCUAUUUUCCCAAUUGAUCGAUUCGGCAUCGGUGUUUUGGGCGGUUCGAGACGGAGCAGCAGCGAUGGAGUGGUUCGGGACUGGAAACUCCCCUAUGUUUCCCGAAGAAGAAGAGGGUUACAGUGCCUCUGCCUCUUCUGUGCCAAGUAGCUUUCACAGCUCCUCACUGCAGGAGGUUGCCAGUGCAGAGUCCAUGGCGUCCCUGUGCCAGAGCCAGCAGCAGUGUGUGAAGGCCUCCGUUUCCAGCUGGCAGUUAGUGGAGGCUCAGGACCAGCUGUGUGGGAUGGAGCUGCACGGCUCCGAGAGCGUCGAGCAGGAGCACGCCCGCGCUGUUGCCGGCCAAUCAGAGCUCUCGCAGACUGAACAUGAGUGGCGCCGGAAGGAGAGCAUGCUGGGAGGCAGCAGGAGCCCCGUGCUCAGCGCUGACAGCAGCCGAGACUUGUUCGACAAGAGUAUUAUUAAUAGUAAAAACGUUGAAUUGGAGGUUCACGACAAGAGCAAAACCUUUGUUCAGAAGUAUGAAAAAGAAUUGAGACAUUUUGGCAUGUUGCGGAGGUGGGAUGACAGCCAGCGCUUCCUGUCUGACCUGCAUCACCUCAUCUGUGAGGAGACGGCCAACUACCUGAUCCUCUGGUGCUUCAGACUUCAGGCUGAAGAGAAAGAGGCGUUAAUGGAGCAGGUAGCUCACCAGGCUGUUGCUAUGCAGUUUAUCCUGGAGAUGGCCAGCACCUCUCAGCAGGAUCCCAGAGGCUGCUUCCGUCAGUUCUUCCACAAAGCCAAAGCAGGACAAGAGGGGUACUUAAACGUCUUCCAUGCUGAGCUAGAGGCCUUUAAGCAGAGAGUAAAAGAGUACACCGUCAGGUUGAAAGGAGAGACCCUCUCCAACGACACAGCGCUCCAGAGCAGUACAGCACGCUGUGAUCUGGAUCCCAAAGAGGUUCUAGAAUCUUUACCCCCAGAACUGAAGGCAGGGUUCCAGCUGCAAGACAUGCAGAUUCUCCAGAAUGUUCUCAGCACCAUGAAUCCACAGGUGGCAGAGUACCAUGUGAAGCGUUGUCUGGAGUCUGGCUUGUGGACUAACAAAGAAGGGAGAAGGUCCAAGGAGGAAGUUAAUUCAGAAACAGAUGACCUGCGCAUGAUGGAGACAUAACGACUGUGGUGCUCCCUCCAUAUCUCCCCUCUAGGAAUUGACACUCAAUAGGAAAAGGGCUGAGCUCCCCACAGAGACUUAUUUUUGUAUGCAGCAGAAUCUGCGCCUGAAUGUGUCUUGCACUUUAUAUUUGUUCAAAACAAACUAUUUAAAGAAGGCGAGUGGUAGGUAUUUUAAGGUACUUACCGUACCUUUUCUCAUAUAGCUAGAGUACCUCUUAUGUCAUAUCUUGAUUGUUUUAGCAGAGUGAACCUUGCUUUGUAAGGAAGUCAUCUUUACACAGGAAUUUACAAGAGCUACUUCAAACUUUUGAGAAUUGUUUUUGUUUUAUAUAAUUUGGGGUAUUCUUGUGACUCCGUUUAUCAACCUUUUAGAGUGUGAAGAAGGGAGAUAACAGCCAUCUACAGUAGACUUCACUGGACUCACAAGUAGGUAGUCUAGCGGUUAAGAGCGUUGGGCCAGUAACAGAAAAAUUGUCCGUUCUGCCCUUGAGCAAAGCAGUUAACCACCAACAAUAACUACUGCUCCCCGGGCGGCGACGACAUGGACGUCGAUUUAAGGCAGCCCCCCGCACCUCUGAUUCAGAGGGGUUGGGUUAAAUGACUCCCGCACCUCUCUGAUUCAGAGGGGUUGGGUUAAAUGACUCCCGCACCUCUCUGAUUCAGAGGGGUUGGGUUAAAUGAC